AUGCCAGAGAAAGAUGCAUUGAAGGAUGCCAUCCAAACAGAUUUGGAUUCGUCCAACAAAAAAGUUACAAAUCAAAUUCUAAGGUGGCUGCAUUCAAGUGACGAAAGAAGUGAUGGGGGCGACGAUUCGUCCACCUCAUUCCUCCAAAACCAUGCAUACCGCGGUUUUCUUCGCAAAGGUGGGAGAAAGGAAGACUGGGGACAGGAAGCUGAGACGGAUGAGCGACAAAAUAUAUGGAAGCGAUGGCAAGAAAGCGAAUGGGGCGGAUCCUUGAGACGUCACAAAAAGGACGCUGGCACUACCACGCAACGUUGGGUAGGGGGAAGCUUCGAAAUCGGAAAUGUUUUAGGUGUAAACAUGCUCGACAGCCCCACGAUAUCGCUUCCACAGGCUGAUCAGACUUGUCCCGAGGCUCAAACUGAUGUCCCCUCCCCAACCGAGCCCCCUUCUACGGUCGGCUAUCAAACGUUUGUCACAGCUAGGACAGAGCUUCCUCCUAGUGCAGUUCUUGACUCUCAAGCAUCCAUAUCUCCUUCCCCGAGUCCCGAGCCCUCUUCUAGCGCAGGUCUUUUUACUACUGGCAUGGCUCCCGAGUAUGGAUCCUCCGCUAACGACAUUAGUGUUGCACCCCCAGAGGGCUCUCAACGACCUACUAUAUUAAAAGGAAAGAAGUCUUCGGCACAUAUGAACGCAAAUAAACGAAAAACAUUAUUCUUCGUUGGUCGUGUAACCACUCCAACAGGCUCGGACUCCCAGCUCGCACCAGUUGGCUUGGACAAAGGGAAGGGGAAGGAAAGAAGCUUUUUUCAUGCUAAUGAGGAGACUUCCUCAAACUUGCAGCUCCCAACUGAUGUCAACGAUGUCCCCGAAUCUCCUGCGGCUGUCCUUGCAAGAAGUGGAAGUGAAGUAAAUGAAACUAGCGCAGGAGUUGCCUUGGAGACUACCUCACGCGAGCAAUCACAGAUAAAACAGCGGGAAAAUACCGUACUCCGAGACCGAAUGCUCGUCAGAGUUAGCUACACAAAAUCCGAUUCACUUCCUUGCCACUUUGAUGAAGUCCAGAAUCGCGCGACUCCUCAUCUUAAAUACGAGGAUUGGGCUGAAUUUCUGGUGGUCUGGCGCGGAGAGUGGCUUGAGCUCUACGAAGACUAUACUUUGCCUGGGAAAGAGACCAUCACUGGACAUAAACAUCUCGCAUUCAUAAUACCCCUCAAACCUCAACGAACACAUUUAACCCUUUAUUCCUUCACCGACUUCACUUUCUGUAUUUCGUGUCCGCGCGCGCCAGUCCGUAACAACCAUACGAAAGCCAAAGCUCUUUUUGACCGCGGACGAGAAGGGACUAAUGUGUUCAUUUUCAAGUCGAAGUGUCGCACAAGGGCUAUGGACUGGUGCUGGCAGUUAUGGCGACAUCUGGGAGGUAAAAUACCCGCUUCUAUUGAGCUCAGGUGCCCAGCCAUCGGUACACGCUUUGAUUUGGAUGUUCCUGCCUUCGACGAAGCCAGUAUUGACAAGGCUUAUCACAUGUUCAGCCGGAGAAAUAUUACCGAUGCUGUCCGGAAGUCCAUGGCUUCAUCUUGCGGCUCCCAUGAGGUUGCAUCUUGUGACUGGAAUCAUGUAGUAGAACGUAGAAUUGCGGCAGGCACAACCCUCCAGUUAGCAUGGAACUUGGGGGCAAAACUUGACUGGGUUUGGAAGGAGGAAGACGUGAUGGGCCAGCCUAGACCGUGGGCUGUCCUCUGUGGGUUGGUGAUGCAACAGGGAACCAAACCAGCGCACCUUGAGCUUAGGCUUGGACAACACUAUCCGGCUACAAUUCACCUACCCGAUGGGACAAAGGUACACGAACCUCCAUGUAUAGAGGGGUAUCUCGAUCGCAUCAAACCCAGCAGUCAAGGUAAACAACAUAUUUACCUUACUUCGCAUAACGGCCACCUUUUUACCCUUUGGCCCUCGAAUUCUCACGCUCCUGUCCCUCCGAACGUUCAUUUAUCUCGUGCCCUAUCGUCACACCAUAAUGAAUCACUGGAAUACACUCGAGCUUUUCGUGAGGCCGAGGUCACACGAGGGGCAUCUCAAAUUGCAGCCGCAUUUGAAGCUUUUGACCUGCGGAAUAUUAGGCAGAUCCGCAGGGCGACCCACGAAAUCAUCGAUCAUGAUGCUAGGACCCAUGCCACGGCUACUGUAGCUGGUGGAUCUGUGGGAAACCAAGAUAUUUUAACUACUGACGAGGCUGACACCGGUGGAGCCGAGGGUCUUGCGCAGGCUCAGGAUAAGAAUCGGCUGCGUGUCAGACGCUGCUUCGAAAUCGUUAUGAUAUCUGGGCGCGUGAUCCGGUUCGAAGCAUAUUCUUGCCAAACGAGUCAAGAAUGGAUCGACCGACUACGCGCACUUGUCGAAUACUGGACGCAGCGACAUCAUACUGAUGCUCGAGAUGAGAUGAACAUAUCUUACUCUACACGCCAUCGUCCCCCCGUCACUCCGCGUGUUACUAAGCAUGCGUGCUGUAAUGGGGAGAAGAUUUCAACAGCACCCGUUGUAGAUGCUGAAUUUAUGCCUGAACUGAGCUCAUUGUAUCAUUGGUGCAUGCUGGACAGCUGUAGAAGCUUGCUCAAGAGUGGCCGUGCAUUCAUACGAAAAGGGUUCCGGGGACAGUACAAGUCAGUGAUCGCCCGUAAUGACAGGCUCGUGCAGUUGUUCCUAGUCGCUGGACGUCUCCUCCAAUACCAUGUUUCGCGGAAUUCAUUUCUCCGUCAUAAAAGCAAGGAGAUCAAUCUAAUGGAUUCUUAUGUUUGUUCAGGGUAUUUGGCUGCUCUUGCCUUGCAGCCAGGCGAGUAUCACCCUGAAACUCCCAGCGUCCCCCGUCGUUACUUUGACGGAUUCGAAGCCGAUGAUCCAGAAGAGGAUAUGCUCUUUGCUAUCUGGUACCGCAAAAGUAGGGACGGAGCUGCGGACAACGUGCCUUCCCUCUCGGCAAAGCACAAGGUUGUUGUGUUCAGGAUGAGAAGCAGGGUUGAAAGGGAUGUGUGGUGUUGGGCACUAGGGUGCGAAAUUGAGAAGCUCGUUAGGGCAAACAAAGAAAGGGAAUCGAAACUGAGAGACGCCGGAGGGCUUGAGGAAAUGUCUGUUUUCGAAGACUGA